AUGAAAUUAAAUAUUAAUUUGUUGUAUUUAUUGGUUAAAAAAAACACAGGAGUCACGUCGCAAUCCGUCUGGGAUUUUUUCACGGGGAAUUCAAUAGAAAAGACAGCAAUGUGCAUUAUAUGUAACAUGGUAUUAAAAAUACAAUCAAAUUCGGGAGUGUGGAAUUUAAAAAGACAUUUAUCGAGGUUGCAUCCGAGAGAAUUUGAAAGGUACGCGACGAAAAUGUCACCCAUUGGAGGGAGUCAUCAAUCCGUUUUAUGGAGUUGUUUCAAUAAGAAUUGGGAAGAACGUUCGGCCGUUUGUAAAAUGUGUGGAAAAUUAUUCGAAUGCAAUAUAAAACCCACGUUGAAAAUGAAACAACAUUUAGUCGAAUCGCAUAGGAGUUGUUUAAUUGAUACUCUCGUCAAAAAAGAAUAA